AUGGUAUCACGUGGCUUAAAUCCAAAAUACAGCGAAUGCAUAAUAAAUAAACGUAUUGCUGAUUACUAAUCUGAUAUAUAAGAGUAUUAAAAGUAUUUAUAGUCUGAUUAUUGUUUUAAUAUAGUUAAUAAUCGAUACGAUAAUUUGAAUUAUUUAUCAGGAGAUAAUUGUUUCUCAAAUAUUCCUUUUAAUUUUACUUAUAGCAGAAAAAGUUCGUUUUAAAAAAUUUAUAAAUUUGAUUUGGAAGUAUUUGGCUUAAUUACUACUUCUUAACCUCCAGCUUCUAAAAUUAAAACAAUUUUCAAUGGAGUUGAACUAACCAUAAGUGAUGCAGACUAAUUUAUUACUGGUUGUUAGGGUGGUGCUUAAUGCUAUUAUUUCACUUAUAGACACCUAUUAAACUAAUACGAUUUAAAUUUAAUUCUAACUCCAUUGAAUUCAAACACUGAAAUAUAUAAAUAGUUUAUUUCAGCAGCUUUUCUUAUUGUUUAACUUUGCUCGCCUUAUUGUGAUGUAUGUGAUUUUAAUAACGUUUGCUCAAAAUGUAUUCAAAAAUAUUAUCUUGACUCCUCUGCAAGCUGUUAGCCUUGCGAUUAAACUUGCUUAGACUGCUCUGGACCUUCAUAAAAUAAUUGUUUAUCAUGCGUUUCAGGGUUAUUCUUUUAGCAGCUAUCAAGUUCAUGUGUCUAAAGUUGUGAUCAUAAUCAAUAUCCAGACUCUUAAAAUAUAUGUAAAUUAUGCGAUCAACAAUGUGCAACUUGCUAAGGAGCAGGACCAAAUAAUUGCUUAUCUUGUUAAUUAGGUUUAUACUUAUAACCUAUUACACAUUCAUGUGUUUAAACCUGUAAUUAAAACUAAUUCAUAAAUGCAUAAUAACAAUGCUAAUUAUGUGAUCAAACUUGUAGCAGUUGUGAUGGAGCAGGGCCAAAUAGUUGCUUGUCCUGUAUAUCUGGAUUAUAUUAUUAGCCUAAUAAAAAAUAAUGUGUUUAGAAUUGCGAUUUAAAUGAAUUUAUUAAUUCUUCAAAUCAAUGUUAAGCCUGUGAUUAAUCUUGCGCAAGUUGUGAUAGUUCUUCUUCUAAAAGCUGUUUAUCAUGCCCUUAAAAUAACUUUUUGUUUAAUAAGAUGUGUGUAGGUAUUUGUCCAAAUGGAUUUUAAUCAAAUCUCAUUUCACUCACUUGUGAUAAAUGUUAAGAUUAUAUGGAUCCUAAAUGUAAUUCUUGCAACCCUAGUUGCUAAUUAUGCAAAUCAUCAUAGGCUAAAGACUCUUAAUGUGAUAGCUGUUACUCAGAAACAAGAUAAUUAGAUUCAGAUAAUAAUUGCACUUGCUUAAAUCCAAAAGAUUUGAGAAAUAAUUUUUAUUAAUGUAGCUAUCAAAAUAUUGCUGUACUUGACAUUUAAUUAAGUGCAUCAAAACCUUUGCUAAUUAUAGAUUUCGGCUCACCCUUAAAAGAUAUUUCAGUAAAUACUCCUUUUGCUUUAUGUUAAUAAAUAUUUGAUCAGCCCACUUUGAUUUUACUUGGUUCAGAUUCAUAGUGCCAAAUAACUGGAAAUCAAGUUUAAGUAAAUUUAGGUGAUUCUUCAAUAAUAAUGGCAAAUAAUAUUAUUAAUUUUUUACCUAAUAAGCUCUAAUUUGAAGACUAUAAUACAUAUUUUAUAAAUACUUUCUAUAGAAAUAUUGUUUUCUAGAAUGAUCCUGGGAUUCCUUUGCUUAAUUUUAAUUACAACCCUAACCAAAACAGCUGUAAUCCUUUAAGUAUAGCUCUUUAAAAUAUACAAAAUGAUGCAGGUAGAAAAUUUUUAAAUAUAAGUUGGACUUUAGUGCAAGUUAUAGGAACAAUGAGUGACGAAUAGAAAUAAAUAAUCAAAAAAAUACUGUAACAAGCAAGCUAAGAUAUGGCCACAAGUAUAAAUAUUGAUCCUAAAUACAUCCCUGCAAAUUAAAAUAUUGUAAUACAAUUUAAUUAUUAGCUUAAAGUUAACAAAUCAGGCUCUUAAUUAUUUACAAUAAAUUACUAAUAAUAAAAAUAAAUUAAAAUAACCUUUUAGUAAUCAGUAUAUCCUCCUAUAUAUAGAUACAUGAGCUUGAGUUUCUACUUUUAAUUUUAUAUUGAAAUAUGCGAGCUAGGUUUAAUCACUUAUAAUAACGAGCCUGUUGAUUUACAAUUGAUUUCUAACCAACUUCAAUAACAAAAUCUGAGCUAAUACAGUUUAUCUAGCUAUCAGUUUGAUAUUCCUCCUUACACCUUAGAAUCUAAUUCUCAAUUAAAUGCUAGUUUGGUUGUAAAUCUAAGUUCAAACAAAAAUGUAAUAGCUAUUUAGAAGAUAUCAGUUGAUAUUUUAAUUACAGAUUUGUAUUUGUAGGUUAUCGGAGGCUCUAGUUUAGUUGUAGGUUAUUAAAGUAAACUAUCCUUAAAUACAAACUCUAGAGACUUUGAAAUUUAAGAUUCUAAAUCGCCUUAAAACAUCAACUUUAGUUGGGAAUGCUCUGGUUUAUCAUCUAGUGACCAUAUUUGCUAUGACUUCAAGAAUAAUGUUCUUUAAUUACAACAAGGAUCAAGUAGUAUUUCUUUUCCUGCAAAAACAUUUUAGCCAUACACAUCUAUUAUAUUAAAUGUUAUCGGAUAAAAAGACUCUAGAAAAUCUAAUUAUAGGACAAUAUGUUUAUUUACUGAGCUAAAUAUCCCCUAGCUAGAAGUACAGUUUUCUGCUACUCGUUAAAAUUAAAAAAUUAAUUUGAAUGAGGAUUUGAAUUUUGUCAUUAAUUAUGAUGAGAAUAUCCCCUCAGAUAUUUUAUCUUAUGCUGGAGCUUUGCUAUAUGACAAUGAUGUUGUUGGUGUUAUUAAAUUUGACUAUUACUAAGUUAAAUUUAGAAUAUGGAAUUAUUUCAAAAACGUAGAUCCCUUAAAACCUACUAUUUAAGCACGCUUUUCUGUCUAUAACCCUUCUUUUGUUAUGCCAAGCUUAACGACUAUCAAUUUGAAUAUCAAUUUCCCUCCUCAUAAUUGUACUUUGGUAAUUAGCCCACUACAAGGAGUAGCACUUUAAACGAUGUUCUCAAUUUAAUUUUUGUAUUGCUUAGAUGAAGAUCUUCCUUUGACUUACUAAUUCUUUUAUUAUAAUAGCAUGGAUGAUGCUAAAUAAGAAUUAAUCUAGCCAUGGAAUAUUUUAAGAAGAUAAAUAUAAGAUCAGUCAACUGUAAAUUCAAUUCAAACUGUAUUACCUUAAGGGAAUCUUGUAAUAAUGAGUUAGGUCAUAGAUUCACAACUCGGCGUUUACAAUUAAACCUAGAUGAUUAGUGUUUCAAAUUUAAAUUUACCAACGAAAGAUUAUUAUCAAUAAGUAAAUUAACUUACUUAGCAAACUCUAUCUAGCACAAACUUAUAAGCUACAAGCUAAUUAAUUACUUUAAGUUUAAUCGGAGAAGACAUUAGUAAAAAUACAUAGUCUUCAUAAGAUUUAAAUAAUUUAUGCUCUCUAUUAAUAACAAAUCUUCAGUAAUUAUCUCUUUAAAUACCUAAAUUUUCUUUGAUAUCAACAUAUGCUAAUAAAGUAACUGCUAAACUAUCAGGGUUACUUUUCAAUUCAUAAUAAUCAAUAUAGACUAUCGAUAAAAAUUAAAUAAUUUAAAAACUACAAUCAUUAAUUUAAAAUACAGAUUCAAGCAUUUAAAACAAUGAUCUGAGCUAUUUAUAGCAAAACAACGAUUUUCCAAUUCAAAAUAUUAUCGAUUCUUUCAAAAUAUUAAAUUCUUGUGUUACAAUGAAUUCAUAGAAUACAUAAUAAAAUUUAUAGGACUAUGACCAAAUUACUACCAAGAUAGGAAGUAUGUUCUCUAAUAUGAAUCUACCUAAUUAAGGGUCUUUAAUUCUAAAUGGUAAUCUAUCAACUCUAUUAAUAGACAAAAUAACUUAAAAAAACAUAUACUAAUACGUUACUUCUUUUAAUGAGCCAGAUUAAAAUAAUGUUUUUAGUAUAUCAAGAAACAAUUAUGAAUUAAAUAUUUAUGAAAAUACUCCAGAAUUUUAAGGAUAUAUUUAGCAAAUGAAAAAUAUUAGCUCAAAUUACACAUACUCAAAGAACAAGCUGAUUUAAACAUAAAUUACUAACUAGGAUACUAAAAAUCUCAUAGAUCAUUCUACAAUAAUUUAUAAUUUUAAUAAUGCUGUAACUAGCUAGAAAUACAACAUGACUUGCGUAUAAUAGAAUGAUAAAUAAUGGAGUAAAAAAAAUUGUGUUCUACUAAAAAAUAAUGAAAAUGAAUCAGUGUGCUAUUGUAAUACAUAGAAACCAACAACUAUCAUUGAGGAUAUUGAUGACAUGCUUUUAAAAAAUUAAAAUUUGAAGACUGCAUUUGGAGAGUAAGGAUUCAUAAACUUAGAAAAUUUUAAAGAAUUUUAUAAUUACUUAGUAUUCUGGUUUAUAUUUGCUUUUACCUUGGCUUAAAUUAUUCUAUUCUUUGUAGGAAAAAGACUAGAUAGAAUUACUCUCCAAAAAAACUUUUAAAGAGUGCACCAUCUUUUAGAAAUAAUUAGCACUCCAAAAAUUGAACCAAUGCUAGAAAAUUAGAAAAAUAAUUUAAAUCUUAAAGAACCAUCUAUUGCUAUGUGUGAAGAUUAAGUUAUCAAUAAUAACUCUCCUAAUGAAAACAAGAUUUAAAGUACAGAAAAUAUUGAAUAUAAAAAUUAAAACAAUUAACAUUUUCCACUAGUUUCUGAUGAAUUAUCUGCUAAAAUUAAUGCUACUAAUCCUUUUAGAAGAAAAAGAAAAACUUUCCUUAACUUUCAAUAGUAGCAAAGUCAUGUAAGUUUUAACUAAAUUAGUUAAAAUAAAAUUGAUUUAAAUCACAUAGAAAAGAAAUUAAAUAAUUAAAAUGUUAAUAUUGAAGAAGAAAUCAUUGCAAAAAGUAUUGAUAAAAAGAAAACUCAAUAAGGAUCUUAAACUUCCAUUGAAGAAAAUUAAAAAAUUCAAGAAUAAAAAUAAAUAUAGAUCUACUAACAGCUCUCUAUUUAUAAAAAGUUAGCAAUAUUUCAUUAAUUUUUUAGCAUUUUUUAUCUCUCGCUAAAUGAUAUUUCAAGACCAAUAAGGUUCACUCUUUUUUAUAUUAAAACUAUCCAUACCCUAGCUAUUUCUGUAUUAUUCUAUGGUUAUAUGAUGAUAGAUUAACAAAUAGUAAUUGCUUUGAUUAACAGCAUAAUAUUAAAAGUAACCUCAUCCCUAAUUGCAUACACUUUUAAAAAAGGUUAAAUAGGAAAAGCUAUUUCUAUGGGUUUUUAAUUAAUAAUAUCUUUGGUUUAUUUUUACUUAAUAUUAUCAGUGUCCAGUGGAAAAAAAUCAAGUGAUUCAAAUGAGUUUUUAUUCUUAUUUUUGGUAUCACUUUCUAUGGAAUUGGUUCUUAUUGAAUUAAUUAUUUCAUUAACUAUGAUUUUUUUGAUUAAAAAACACAUAUAAUCAAAUGAUGAUAAAUGCUUAUAUAGCAAACUAUUUACCCUUUUAAAAAUAUAGGAAAACAUUUAAAGUAUUGAUGUAUGA